AUGUUUGGCAUCACGGCGACGCUGUUGCUGCUGCUCGCGGCCGUCUUCACGCUGCACAUCGUGAGGCUCAACUACGUCAUGUCGCGGACACCGCGCGCGGCGCGGGCACACGCGUUGGAGCCGCUGACGGCGGAGCGCAUCCGGGAGACGUACGAGAGAGUCCGGGGCAAGGGCAUUGACUGGCGCGGCAAACUGCCACGGCGCAAGGAGAGGCGGUACAUCAUCGUCGGUGGGUCGGGUCUGGUGGGAGGGCAGCUGGCUCUGGACCUGCUCCAGAUGGGGGUCCCGCCCGCGGCGAUCCGGCUGAUGGAUAUUCGACGGUCUGCGCGGGCCGAAUUCUCGUCAGGCCCCGCCUCGGAGGUGAGGUUUGUCGACGCGGACGUGACGUCCGAGGGCGGCAUGUUCCGCGCCUUCGACGAGCCGUGGGACGAGGCCGUGGCGCGGCUGCCCCUGACGGUGUUUCACACGGUGGCCCUGAUUCGGCCCUUUGAGCGAAGCGAGGCCCUCUACGAGCGGUGCUCGCGCGUCAACGUCGCGGGCACGGCCAACGUGCUGGCGGCGGCGCGGAGGGCCGGCGCGGGCGUCUUCGUCUACACGUCGAGCUGCCACGCGGCGGUGCGAAGCACGGGGUGGUUCUUCCCGCCGUGGCUGCGCGAGCCGCGCAACUUUGUGCAGUUUGUGGGCGACGGCGACUUCUGGGAGCCGAUGCCGCGGCCGCGCGACUUUGCGAGCAACUAUGCGCGGUCCAAGGCCGAGGGCGAGCGGCUGGUGUGCGGCGCCGACGACGACGACGGCAUGGACGACGGAGAGCCGGGGGCAACACGCGAAGGCGGCAACAACAAGAACAACAACAACAACAAGGGAAACAACAGGGUGAGGAUGCGGACCGCGGCCAUCCGGCCCGGCAACGGCGUCUACGGCCACAAGGACGACACGAUUGUGGGCCGCAUCAUGAAGCUCCGGCGCGUGCCGACGUACUCGGGCCCGUGGGUGCACAACUGGGUCAACGUCCGCAACGUGACGCAGGCGCACCUCCUCCUCGAGGACGCGCUGCUGGGCCCGCACGCCGACCGCGUGGCCGGCCGGCCCUUCAUGGUCUCGGACGCGGGGCCGCCCCUGCGCUUCCAGGACGUCUACGACGUGCUGGCGACGACGAGCGCGACGGGCAUGCGCGUCGACCACCCGCCGCCCGUGCUGAUGCUGCUGGCGGCGUACGCCGUCGAGGCGUACUGCCUGCUGCUGCUGGCGACGGCGAGCGCGAGGACGAGCACGAUGACGCCGCUCAAGAGGCUGCUGCGCCUGCUGGGCGUCCCGCCGGCGCUGCUGGCCAAGAUGCGGGUGGGGGUGGUGCGCGAGCCGGGCGAGCCGCUCGUGCUGUUCCAGCCGGCGCUGUUCUCGUCGUCGGUGACGUCCAUCAUUGACGACUCGGCGGCGAGGAGGGCGCCGCAGGAGGGCGGGCUGGGGUACAGGCCGGCGUGCACGACGGUCGAGGGCAUGUGCCUGCAGGUGGUGCACUGGAAUGAGUGGAUUGAGAGGCGGCGCCUGGAGGGAGCGGCCGCCGCCGAGUGA